AUGCUACCGUCAGACCAACACACUACCAAACGAGAAAUUCUCCAGGAUAUUGCACGAAUCUACGAUCCUUUAGGACUAAUUGCACCUGUGACCUUCUAUGGAAAGGUUUUCAUGCAGAAACUAUGGAAAGCCAAUGUGUCCUGGGAUGAGAAACUUUCACCUCGUCAUUGUGACGAGUGGAGUCAAAUUUGCAACAAAUUUCAAUCUCUUUCCACCUUAAAAAUUCCAAGAUUAUCUGGAACGAUUGGAAAAGACUCUCAUUGUCAGGUAGUGGUAUUUAAUAAUGCCUCUAUAAAAUCUUAUGCUGCAGCCGUUUAUCUCCUUGUCAAGAAUGGAGAGAGUAUCAAAGUGAAUCUUGUGUUUUCAAAAAUGCGUUUGACUCCGAUUCAAUCAGCUGUUGCAAACGAAGAACAUCAAAAGAAAGGAAAGAAACUUACGUUACCACGACUUGAGUUACUAUCAACAGUGAUUGGAGUCAGAGCUGGAAACUUUGUUAAAGAUCAGCUGAAGCUUCAGAACUCUAAACUAAUAGUAUUUACUGAUUCUCAGUGCGUCCUACACUUUUUGAAAACACCCAAGCCGUUAUCAACCUUUGUUGGCAACAGAAUCAAGGAGAUACGACAAAGUAAUGCUGUUUUCCGCUAUGUUCCAUCAAAUCAAAAUCCAGCAGAUUUUGCAACAAGAGGUAUGUCUGCUUCAGAGUUGGAGAAAAUUCGAUUAUGGUGGCACGGACCAGAAUGGCUGACACUUUCUGUUAAUUCGUGGCCAAACUACAAUGUUCCAGAAGUAAGUACUCAGACGUUGGACUAUCUUGAGUCAGAGACAAAUAAGUCCAACAAAAUUUACGUUGCUACCAACUUUACAAAGAAGUGUAAAGCUGACUUAGAAUCGAAUGAAUGUGACAAUUCACCCUUCCGAAUUGAUGAGAAGCGUUUUUCUUCUCUCCAGAAAUUGAUUCGUGUGACAAGCUACUGUGUAAGAUUUAUACAAAAGAGAAUUUGGAGCGUUUUGAGAAAGGAGACACAAGAAACUAUGUCUUCAAGAUAUGUACUGAUCAAACAAGUGUUCAGAGAACAUUCAAGUUACGCUACCGACCAAGUUCACAGCGUUUGUAUGGCGCGUAUUCUCUGGGAAUAUGCAGUUCAGAAUAGACAACAUCUCAAUGUGUUGAAUGAUAUGAGAAAGGGGAAAAGAAACAACUUACAACGACAACUUGGACUCCAGAUAGACGAAUGGGGUCUGCUGAGAUGUCAUGGACGGUAUUCAAAUGCAAAUCUUUCCUUUAACGCAAAAUAUCCUAAACUAAUUCCUCGUUUGGAAUAUUUUACACAUUUGGUAAUCAAGGACGCUCAUGAACGGAUGCUUCACAGUGGAGUUUAUCAUACAUUAGCACAAGUCAGACAAGAGUACUGGAUUCCCCAAGGACCCAUUUUGGUAAAGGAAGGACGGGAUCGUGUGAAAUUCUGGGUCUGUCUAUUCACUUGUCUUGCAAUUCGAGCAAUCCAUCUCGAAUGGAUUAGAAAUCUAACAGCAAGCCAAUUUCUUUGUUGCUUUCGACGAUUUGUUGCCAGGAGAGGCAAACCACGUCAUAUUAUAUCUGACAACGCCUCUCAGUUUAAACUAACUGCAAAGGUUUUGGAUCGUCAGUGGCAACAGAUGAUUGACAGUGAUGAAGUACUUUACUAUUGCUCAUCUGAAAAUAUCACCUGGAAAUUUAUUACGGAAGCUGCUCCUUGGCAAGGUGGAUUCUAUGAACGUUUAGUUGGACUAGUGAAACGAGCACUUAGAAAGUCGAUAGGGAGAAAACUACUUGAUUGGGACGAAUUGGCAACUCUUCUUACAGAAAUCGAAGCUAUUAUAAACACAAGACCUCUGACAUACGUGUUUGAAGACUUUGAAUCAGAAUUUCCAUUAACUCCUGCUCACUUCUUAUCUCAUCACGCGCAUCUCGGAGUACCUGGACCUACUACUGAAGAUGUGAAUGAUGAGGAAUACCAGCCUAAUAGGGACACUUCCUAUGCGUUGGAAAGAAAAUGA